AUGAACUCAGCCUCCCCUCAGAAUGUUGAAGGCCUCCAUUUCUGCUAUGAGAAUGUGAAUGACUCCUGCAUCAAGUUCAUUAGAUCAACCAGUUCCCAGUGUGCAUUGUACAUUAUUUGCAUAUCUGCUGUGCUGAUUACAAUUCUGGGGAACUUAAUGGUCGUGAUCUCAGUGGCUCACUUCAGAGUACUCCAUUCUCCCACAAAUAUUUUAGUGCUGUCCCUUGCUGCUGUUGAUUUUCUCUUAGGAGUGUUAAUUUUACCAUUCAGUACUAUAAGAUCAAUUGAGACAUGCUGGUACUUUGGAGAUGAUUUCUGUAGACUGCACACAUGCCUAGAUUCAAUUAUUUGUUUAGUAUCAAUUUUUCACCUUUGCUUCAUUUCAGUUGAUCGGUACUAUGCAAUCUGUGACCCUUUGCAUUACAAAACAAAAGUUACCAUUUCAGUCGUGUGCAUUUCAAUAGUUACUUCUUGGAUAUUUUCAGUUGUAUAUUCAUCAGUAUGGCUGUAUUCAGACAUACUUGAGGGACAUAUUAGCCACAUUAUGCUUAAAACCUAUUGCACGGGUAGUUGUCAACUAGUAGUUAAUAAAAUAUGGGGAUGGAUAUUCUUUCCUGUGUUCUUCAUCCCUUGUUCCAUUAUGAUUCUCCUUUAUGUGAAAAUAUAUUUUGUUGCACAAAAACAAAAUAGGAUAAUAGAAGCUACACUUAGCUCAGAUCAGAAAGGAUUUCAAUUAAGAGCUUCAAAAAGAGAGAGAAAGGCAGCAAAAACUCUUGGAAUAGCGGUUGGUGUCUACCUAAUUUGCUGGUUGCCAUUUAUGUUUGACACUAUCAUAGACCCAUUUUUACCAUCUAGUACGCCACAACUUUUAUAUGAUGUCCUGUUCUGGUUUCCGUAUUUUAACUCUGCAUGCAACCCUUUGAUUUAUGGAUUCUUCUAUCCUUGGUUUAGGAAGUCUUUAAAACUUAUAGCUACAUGCAAAAUAUUCUACUCAGCAUCAUCAGCAAUAAACUUAUAUCAGGAAUAA